CGGGAGGACGCACGCGCCUCGCUCUUCCUCGAGGGCAGAGGGAUGCUCGAGCGGCUGCGACUCUAAGGCUGUGUAUAUAAGAGCUUCCAAGAUGCCACUAAACAGUCGUUUGUUCUGUUGCAGAUAUCGCUUUUCGAGACUUCGUUUCGGUCCGCCGCACCAAAGAAGGCUUUACUCUCUAGGUUUCGCGUUUAGUUUCCCCACGCUAAGAUCUAAAGAUCUGGACUGAGAAAGAAGAAGAAACGCGGUGGGUCUGCGGACUCCCGGGUCCACCAUGCGCUUCAUGAGACGCCCGACUCCAAGCGAGGAAGUUAUCCAGACAAAAAAAGUCCUACUUGCAAGAGUGUCACUUUUUUAAAACAUAGACUUUAACCUGAAGCGUAAUGCUACGGCUUUGUUAUGCAGGAGUCUGCUAAAAUGAGAAACAUGAAACAAGUAGCCCUAAUUGCAGGUGCGUUUAUGGUUCAUUUCUUGAGGGUUUGAACUUCAUUUAGGUGACUCAGGCAAAGUCCAGAGCGUCUGGAUAAUGAACAAUGGAUACCGUGAGUCUUUCAGUGAACGGCGUUUCCUACACCGAAGCGCCCAAGAUCUACGAGGCGGCCGACCUGCCGGACGACCCGUUCACCGGGCCCAUCAAGUCCCUGGCUCCGUGGAACUUCACCUUCCUGGCUGUGCUCAUGUUCGUGGUCAGCUCGCUGAGUCUGAGCGAGAACUUCCUGGUCAUGUUCGUCACCUUUAAGUUCAAACAGCUCAGACAACCGUUGAAUUAUAUCAUCGUCAAUUUAGCCAUCGCCGACUUUCUCGUUUCGCUCACCGGCGGACUUAUAAGUUUCCUGACCAACGCUCGCGGGUAUUUCUUCCUCGGGACCUGGGCGUGCGUGUUGGAGGGCUUCGCCGUUACUUUCUUUGGGAUCGUUGCCCUUUGGUCCCUGGCCGUGCUGUCGUUCGAGCGCUUCUUUGUGAUCUGCCGCCCCCUGGGGAAUGUGCGUCUGCGGGGCAAGCACUCGAUGCUGGGCCUCCUCUUCGUCUGGACGUUCUCCUUCGUAUGGACCUUCCCGCCCGUGCUGGGCUGGAACAGCUACACUGUCAGCAAGAUUGGAACCACCUGCGAGCCGAACUGGUACUCAACCAACAUGGUGGAUCACAGCUACAUCAUCACUUUCUUCGUCACAUGCUUCAUUCUGCCUCUAGGAGUGAUCAUUUUCUGCUACGGCAAGCUCCUACAAAAGCUCAAGAAGGUGUCCCAUGGCCGCCUGGCCACGGCCCGGAAGCCGGAGCGGCAGGUGACGCGCAUGGUGGUGGUGAUGAUCGUGGCGUUCAUGGUGGGCUGGACGCCGUACGCCGCCUUCUCCAUCGUGGUGACGGCGUGCCCCACCAUCCAGCUGGACCCCCGCGUGGGCGCCAUCCCCGCCUUCUUCUCCAAGACGGCGGCCGUCUACAACCCUGUCAUCUACGUCUACAUGAACAAACAGUUCAGGAAAUGCCUCAUCCAGCUGUUUACCGGCAAGGGAACCAUCCCGGAGAACAACAUCAACCAGACAUCGGAGCGGCCCGGCUUCACCGCCGAGAGCCAGACUGGAGAGAUGUCGGCAAUCGCUGCCCAAAUCCCGGUGGGGGGCCGGGCCGGGUCCUCGGGCGAAGACCCCCCCAGCCCCUGCAGCUCUUUCGCCCAGCUGCCCAUCCCGGAGAACAAAGUGUGCCCUAUGUAGCGGUCAUCCCCACGGGACACCUGCAUCCGUGUGUCUUAUGUGUGUGCCCCCCUCCAUUGUUAACCCCAUUGUUGCCCCUGCCUUGCCGAUGUUCCCUCUGAACUGCCCCCGCCCAAGCUAGCCGCCACAAGUUGUACACUACACUGUUAGCCUAGUCCGCCUAGUCGUACCUGUAGCCUGUCAUCGUUAGCAGAGAGCCGCGCAAUGGUAACGAGUGGCGAGGGGUUUCUUUAAGUCAGGGAAUAAGGUUGGGGGAAAGCUGGCUUCAGGCUCACCCUGCCCACUAUCCCCUAACACCCAUCAGAGACUCUUAACGGCUGGGCUGCGUGUUGAGAAUUGAGUUUAUGUACGCACCCACACACGCACAAAGGAAACAUAGAUAAGCUUUGAUUCAGCCUGCCAACAAUGUUAAUGGCUUGUCCUACUUGAUGUGUGGGUACGGGGGGCGUGUGGGGUGUAGGGGAAACCGCUUUAAACAGAAGGAUUUAAGGAUCUAUCAACAAAAUUCCAGGGAUAACCGGGCCUCUUCUGGGUUCUGUGUUUGCGUAAUUCCAGAUAAGAUUUGAGUAACAAUCAUUAUCAAACAAUAAUGUGGGGCAAAGCCCCGUUUAUUAGCGAGUGUGGAAAAAAGGUGACAGACACACGGCAGAGCAGGUGUUACAUGCCCACAUGUCAGAGUUCUUCAUUGAGUGUGUGACACGAUGGCUGGUCUAUACUGUAUGCCUCGAUUAUUCUAUGCACCACCGGUGUGCAACCUCACCAGGUGAGGCUGCUUUAACCAAGCAUAAACCACACACUACACGAGGAAGGAUGGUUGUCCAGAGGCAGCCACUGUAAAUAGUUGCCUGCCAGCAUGAGUAAGAGAGAGGGAGACAGAGUACAGUUCCUUGUUGUAAGGGCUCAGCUCUCCCUGCCCAGCAUCAGCCUGCAGUUAUCUAGUGUUCUUCAAAUGUCUUCAACCACACUUUUAUCUCACCAUGUCUUCUCUUUUGAAAAAUCCGCCCCGUCCCCUGGCCUUCACAAUGGCAGUGGCAGAGGGAGGCAUUGUUUUGCUAUGCUCUUUCAGUAUCCCCUGCCUCGUCAGAGUUUGCUUAUACAUCUCAGCAGAGCGCCAAGGCGGAAGGAGGUCACUUUGUGAAUCUGGAAUGAGGCGAUGAGAUCUGGAAAUGUCCUUUACCUGACUGUGUGCUCUAUGUGCUCCCUGGAUGUCUGUGUGCACACAAGACUCCUUGUCAAAUCCUCUAUACGCGGUGAUUGGAAAAUGUUUUGAAUAUGUAACACUGUUGUUUCUGCGUUAUACCAAGACCCCCUCCAACUGUGUGCGAAUCUAGGGAUAUUUUGAUGUGUAACUAUUGGAUCUUGCAAGUACGUGUGUUCUGGGGAGAUGUCUGAUCAGGCCGGUUUCGCUCACAGAGUUAGUCAACUUAGUAAUGGAUUUCUGUGUUCUUGCCGUGCUGAAAUAUGUCUGUGUAGCAUGUGUUGUCUUCUUUUAAAAAAAAAACUGUUUUCUUGUAGACCCUCACCUCAAUCCAACUGCUACCAUUUUGGAUCCCAGGUUUAAAGAAAUGUAUAUUAAGUAAUUGGUUGAUUGAAUUAUUAUCCAAUUGGUUCAUUUAGAAACAAAUGGUUUGUCAGUUGCCAUAAAAGGGUUAGAUGAUGCAAAAUGUAUCUAUGAUGGAGACUUAAAUAUGUCUUGUAUAUCAACUAGAAAUAGAACAGCAUGACAAACAGUCAGCCAACCUGCGAGUAGAUACAUUAUUGUAUUCUCCCAAUAUUACUUUUUAAAGGAAAACAGAAAGUGGUCAAAAGUUAAGGUUACAGCUUUUAGCCAUUCUAAUCAUAGUACAGGACAUGCAGAAAAUAACCGAAUAGCACUUUGGUGUCCCAAAUAACAUUUCCAUACAGUGUUACUGUCCAUAAAUGUACCCAUUAUCCAAAACCCAAAUGCACAGUGCACUUACAAACACGCAUACACAAAGCAGACUCGCACGCACACACGCACACACGCACACGCACACGCGCGCGCACGCACGCAUGCACACACACACACAAUGAAGCUUAAGUCAGGGGGAGAGUGGUAAAGGAGUGUAGAAAGAUUACAGAUUGCACUGCAUGUUGAUAAGUGGAGGCAGAAAAUCCAAUAUGUAUAGAUAGGUAGAGUUCCCAUAAUUCUCCCAUUCCUUUCCCUGCAUAUCAACUUCCUCUGAAAACUGGUUGAUGUGCUGUACUUACAAAGGCAUGUUGAGAAUUGUUCUGCUGUACGUUUUAUGUAUGUUUUGUUGUUUUUUCUUUGUGUAAGGAGUAUUUCUUAUCAUGAGAUUUAUUUACAGUUCCUAAAUGCACGCUGGUAAUGAUGACCAUGUCAGUAUUAAAGUAUACAUGUAUAGAUAUAUUUUUAAAAAAACAAUUGUGCUCUGUGAUUUCCUUAUGGAGUUGGAGAGUUGGAUCCAGACCUAGCAGUGUUAAUUGAGCUAAUGUGUAGCCCUCACAACAUAUAUUAACAUCGGAGGAGGGGAGCUAAUGUGUAGCCCUCACAAAAUAUAUUAAC